AUGGUAACCUUGGAAGAAUUAGAGUCUGCUCAAGGAGAAGACGACACUAUUGACAUGGAAAUUCUACAGUCAUCCACAGCUGAUAUCGUCAAUAGAACCAAAUUACUAGACAAUGACAUCAAAGUCAUGCGUUCAGAAUCGCAAAGACUCACUCACGAGAAAACCAUGAUGUUGGAGAGAAUAAAGGACAACCAGGAUAAAAUAAAUAACAAUAAACAACUACCAUAUUUGGUUGGAAAUGUGGUUGAACUUUUGAAUCUUGAUGUGGAUAAAGAAGCCAGUGAGCAAGGUGCAAAUGUUGACAUAGAUGCUGCAAGAUCUGGAAAAUCGGCUGUCAUAAAAACUUCAACUAGGCAAACCAUUUUUUUACCAAUGAUUGGAUUGGUGGAUCACGAAAAGUUGAAACCUAAUGAUUUGAUAGGUGUCAACAAAGAUUCGUAUUUGAUCUUGGAUACCUUACCCUCCGAAUAUGACUCGAGGGUGAAGGCAAUGGAGUUGGAUGAGAAGCCAACGGAAACCUAUUCCAAUAUUGGAGGUUUAGAUAACCAAAUUGAGGAAUUGAUUGAAGCAGUUGUUUUGCCCAUGAAGCAAGCUGAUAAGUUUAAGAAAUUGGGUAUAAAACCACCAAAAGGUGCGUUAAUGUAUGGUCCUCCUGGUACCGGUAAGACUUUGUUGGCAAGGGCAUGUGCAGCACAGUCGGGUGCUACAUUCUUAAAGUUGGCUGCUCCACAAUUGGUGCAAAUGUUUAUCGGUGAUGGUGCCAAGUUGGUGAGAGAUGCAUUUGCUUUAGCCAAAGAGAAAGCACCAACGAUUAUUUUUAUUGAUGAAUUGGAUGCUAUUGGUACCAAGAGAUUUGAUUCAGACAAGAGUGGUGAUAGAGAAGUUCAACGUACGAUGUUGGAAUUAUUGAAUCAAUUGGAUGGAUUUGGAUCAGAUGACAGAGUCAAGGUGCUAGCAGCCACAAAUAGAGUUGAUACUUUAGAUCCAGCCUUGUUGAGAUCAGGUAGAUUGGAUCGUAAAAUUGAGUUCCCCUUACCAUCCGAGGAGGCUAGAGAGUCAGUAUUGAAAAUUCAUGCGAGAAAAUUACAUUGCGACAAUGAAUCCAUCAAUUGGCGUGAAUUGGCUAGGUCUACAGACGAAUUCAAUGGUGCCCAAUUGAAAGCUGUGACCGUUGAAGCUGGUAUGAUUGCUUUGAGAAAUGGUAAGUCAAUAAUUAGGCACGAGGAUUUUGUGGAGGCAAUUGGUGAAGUACAAGCAAGAAAAUCAAAGUCAGUGAACUUUUAUGCAUAA